AUGCCUGUUCGUACCAAGUCCAACAGCGUGGCUUCCGGAUACUCAUCCCUUAUCCCUCCGCCUCCCAUCAACACCCAGCAGCCCGGGGUCGCCACCACCCUCCUGUACAGCGGCUCCAAGUUCCGGGGCCACCAGAAGAGCAAAGGCAACUCGUACGAUGUGGAAGUGGUUCUGCAGCAUGUGGAUAUGGAGAACGCUUAUCUGUGUGGUUACUUGAAGAUAAAAGGCCUUACAGAGGAGUACCCAACCCUCACCACCUUCUUUGAAGGAGAAAUCAUUAGUAAAAAACACCCGUUCCUGACCAGAAAGUGGGAUGCGGAUGAAGAUGUGGAUCGGAAACACUGGGUGAGCCAGCGGGGGAAGUUUCAGGCCUUCUAUCAGUAUGCAAAAUCCUUCAACUCCGACGACUUCGACUACAACGAGCUGAAGGUCGGCGAUUACGUCUUCAUGAGGUGGAAGGAGCAGUUCUUGGUCCCAGAUCACACCAUUAAAGAUAUCAGCGGAGCUUCCUUUGCUGGUUUCUAUUACAUCUGCUUCCAAAAAUCUGCAUCAUCCAUAGAGGGCUACUACUACCAUCGCAGCUCCGAGUGGUAUCAGUCCUUGAACCUGACCCACGUCCCUGAACACAGCGCCCCCAUCUAUGAAUUCCGGUGACACAGGUGAUUUCACAAGGAGGCAGAAUCGGAGUAGAAUGGAGGGGUCGGAGCCAAAGACCUGCUGCUGCUUCUUUCCUCUUCUGCCCCUCCGACUCCGAGGCAAAUGUACGAGAGAUUAAGGAUCGACCCGUGAGCCACCAGCAACCUCGCUCCAGACUCACCACCGUUUUUAUUUGAUAUUUUCCUUUUUUUAAGUAAAAACUACACGCUCUGC